CACACUCACAGCGUAUCUGGAGAGUUGUUAAGUGACUGUCUAAGCGAUCGGUACGUUAGCGCGCUUGAUCCAAAUAGCGGGUGGCAAAUAAAAUAGUUUCAAAAUAAAGAAAGAAAAUAAUAAAAACGAAUUCGAAACGGCAAGAAAAACAUAAAAAUUCGGUCAAAAGGAAAAAAACAACAAAUUUUUUGCAAAACAAAAUUAAAACACGUCAAAAAUUUGUAACGUCAAACAGCCAAGAAAAAAUCAAAUAUUGUUUUUUUGCAAACAAAAAAAAAGAAAUAAAAUCGAAAAACACGUUUUAUCUCGAGAGUGGAAAAUUGUGAAUUUUGCAAAAAAAAUUGAAUUUUGUGUUGAGUGGCCCAAAGAAUAACGUAAUAAAUCACAAUGACAAAUAGUGUACGUCCCCUAAAAAUAACCAUAGUUGGUGAUGGUAUGGUCGGCAAGACCUGUCUGCUGAUUACCUAUACACAAAAUGAAUUCCCCUUGGAAUAUAUCCCAACGGUAUUCGAUAAUCAUGCCUGUAACAUUUCCGUGGAUAACAAAGAAUACAGUUUGACACUGUGGGAUACGGCCGGCCAGGAAGAUUAUGAACGUUUGCGGCCCUUAAGUUAUCCCAAUACAAGUUGUUUCCUUCUAUGCUAUUCGAUAAGUAGUCGAGCCUCAUUUGAGAAUAUCAAAAGUAAAUGGUGGCCGGAGAUACGGCAUUUCUCCAACAAUGUUCCGGUGGUGUUGGUGGGUACAAAACUCGAUCUACGCAUAGCAGGCUCGGAGAAGUUUGUGACAAAUGCCGAGGGACGCCGUUUGAGAAAGGAAAUUCAUGCCCAUGCCCUGGUUGAGUGUUCAGCCAAAAGUAAGGUCAAUCUAGAAGCAGUAUUUGAAGAAGCCGUACGGGCAGUGGAAAAGAAACCCAAAAGUAGUCCACGUAAAUGUACUUUCCUAUAGUGUGUUAGAAGAUGGUGCAAACCCAACCUAUCGUGGAGCAAAAGCACGAAAACAGAACAAGUAUUUAUUCUAAAUACUUUAGUGUAUAACGAAAAAACACAAGAAAUUAUGAAUUAAUUUUAAAUUAUAAUAUUAUUAUUUGCUAUUUGUUCUAUUCUCUUUAAUAUUCUUUUGUGGGGAAAAAUCCCCCAGGAAGGUGGAAACAUAGUUUCCUUUUGUUCUUUUUUUUUUUUUUUUUUUUUCAUAUUUACCUUCUGAUACGUCACACUCUUUCCCCUAAAACAAAAACAAAACAUUAUUGUUAAUUCAAAUCUAGAUUAUUUAAUUUUUUUUUGAUAAAUUAUUAAGUGUUAUAUUACAUAUAUAAAAGUGUAUGAUGAAGUUGUAAAUUGUGAUUGUUUUAUAAAAAAAAUCGACAUUGAUUUGAUGGUUUAUUUUGAUCUGAAUAUAUAUUUUUAUAUACAAUUAUUACAAAUUGUCUAAGUUUUUAAGUCUGUGACCACGCGAGAUAAUCAAAUUACAGUUGUUUUUAUUAACAAAACAAACAUGAAAUAAGCAGAUCAAGUUGUAAAUUUGAUGUGUGACCUGGUAGCUUAAGAUAUAAGUCCCAUUUGGCAUUUGUGUAAAUGUACUAUUACACACUGCGAGAAAACCAGCAACGGAGUGAAUGCCAAAAUGCAUUAUUGUGAUUGAAAUUACAUUACAAGUUGUUAUUGUUGGUGUAAACCUAAUAUAAAUAACAGUUUUCACAAUGGCAUAAGAAUAUAGGCAGCUGCAUCAACACUUGUGAACAUUGAUAUGUUAAA